CGUCAAUCAACGUUAUUCCCAUCAUAUCGACCAUCCAUACGCACCCUUCAUCCUCAAAUACAUAUAGACAUCUAUUUUGCAUCGCUGCAUGCUCCCAACGCCUCAGACUCGAGCUCCGCGACCGAUAAAUUAUUCCGGCAAUUGAUCUUGCGUCUCUGGCAGGGCUGUAUGAGGAGUUGGACCGACUCGCAGCCUUCACGAGACGCGCAACGAGUUGGGCAAGGAACUGCCCGCUCCUGUCCUCCAUCGCUCUCUCCUUGCGGAUUUCCAUCGCCUAGCUUUUCCUUAUGACGGCCGUAGCGAAUGCCCCAGCUUUCCCACAACUGUCGCGUUCAGCAUGGAACGGAACAAUUAGUGGGAACAAUACAGUCAACGCAGACGACGUGCGAGGCAUGUUUGCCCCUCGGAAAAAUCUAGCUCGCUCAUCUUCAUCAUCUUCAAUUUCCUCCGAUUCCUCAGGCACCUCCGUUGCCACCAACGGCUCUCUGGCCAACGGGGGCUCUCUUUCCUCGACAUCUGACCUGAGCCAAUGGUCUACUAGCAGUUUGCAGCAGAGAAAGAGACCGCAGCAGCCGACAAAUGUUUGGCCAGUUAGCAAACAAGACAGCCAACAAGAUUUAUCCCGCUUACCCAACGGCCGGCCAAAUGGUAUGAUGAACGCUCACGGAAUCAUGCAACAAAAUGGCGGAGGACCGCAAUCCCAGAUGGGUCAACAAUUACGACCAGUGGUAGCUGAGCUAGCUCCUGGACAACCAGUUCUUUAUUUAUUAUCACUGAAUGGAACUUUCGAACGAAAGACGAUAGCAGUACCGUUUGCGCCUGAGAGUCUGCGCAUAGGUCGCCAGACGAACCAAAAAACAGUACCAACACCCACCAACGGCUUUUUUGAUAGCAAAGUUCUGUCAAGACAACAUGCCGAAAUCUACGCCGAACGCAGUGGCAAAGUAUUCAUUCGCGAUGUCAAAUCAUCGAACGGUACUUUUGUCAAUGGCACACGGCUUUCCCAAGAAAACCGCGAGUCCGAACCGCACGAGCUCCAAACCGCAGAUCAUCUGGAGCUCGGCAUUGAUAUUGUCAGUGAAGACCAAAAGACUGUGGUUCACCACAAGGUAGCUGCAAAGGUUGAGCAUGCCGGGUUCUUAGCUGCAUCAAACAAUGUGCUCGAUAUGAACUUUGGAGAUCUCGAUCCUGCGAAUGGCUCGACCAUGUUAAGUGGUGUCGCCAUGCAAAUGCGUGGGCGCAACGGAUCCAAUGCCCCAGUAGCUAACAAUGGCCGACCCAUGCACAAUGCACCUAUAAAUCAACAAGCGAACAACAUGCUUCAGCAGCGACCAUUCUUCAUGGCACCAAUUGCAACAGAUCAAAUAAUGAAGCGGCUCACUGCCGAAAUGCGAAGUGCAAGGCUACAAGCGCAAGACUUGGGUCGUACCAAUCAGUUUCUUAGCACGCUCUUGUCAAAGGACGAUCUAAAGGAGCUUGAUAGCCACGAUGCGGCGGAAGCACAAAAACUGCAACCAGUUACAAAUGGUAGUGCCGUCCCGUUACGGCCAGACACCAAGGCCAGAUUUUCCGACCCCCCAGCACCUCCACCACAGCAACCUUUACCUGAAAAGCCCGAUUCUCCAGCUCCGAAACGUGGACUUUCAGAGCGUCCAAAAUCUGGACAGUCGCUGUCUUCACCUAUCAAACAAGACAACCUCAGUCAAAUUAUUCAGCUUACAGAAGCACUAAAUAAUGCGAAGCGAGAUAUCGAUGUUCAAGCCGCCAGAAACCGAGAACUAGAAGAGCUGCUCCAGCAAGAGCGCCAGGCUCGGGAGGUGGCGGAGGGUCUUGCCAGGCAGCUUGAGGAAUCCACCACUGUACAGGUGAAUGGUUCUACCAAGGCACAUGACCAGCCAGAGGAUACCACGAAGGAAUUACCAGUGGUGAUAGCGGAUGCGCCAGAGCAAGAGGUGGAACAACCAGUGCCCGAAACCGUACCAACUCCCAGCGUGGAUAAUGUGGCUGUGUUUGAAUCUCGCAUCCUGACGAUGGAAUCCCAGAUGGAGGAGAUGAAGCAACAGCUCGCCCAAUGGAAGCAGCGUUGUGAAGCUGCUGAGACGGAGCGAGACAGCAACCGCAAAUCGUUGGAAGAGAUGGUUAUCCAGCUACGCGCUGAAGAAGCACGCCGAAAGGAAUCUGAGAACGCAGCUCAGACCAAAUCCGCCGUGCAAAAACUUCCCAACCCCUCGGCAUCUACCAAUGGCAGCAUCACCGCAGAGGAGGCUACAGAGAAGGAGCCUCCCAGCAAUCGCUCAUCUAUAUCAGACGACAGCCCAACGUUGUCGAGAACAAACACCAUCACACCGCAGAACGCAAACAUGGGCUUAACUGCCCACGGCCAGCGUUAUAACGCAAGCCUUCCCUAUGCGUCUAUGUUUGGUGUUGUCUUGAUCGGAAUGGGCAUGAUGGCGUACAUGAAUGGCUGGCAGGCACCGCAACCCCCGAGGGUCGACCACUAAAACCAGCCAUCAAUCAACAUAACAUAUUGGUGCUUUGCCAAAACCAAGUCAUGGCACACUUUGUACAACCUUUUUAUUCUUCCACGAUGUCAUAUACUUCAAAUAUUUGUUGCAGAACACGGGCGAUUCAAGUUUCUGGAAAUCUUUGGCGAUGCACUUGAGCAAAGAUGCCUUCAGCUUUAUACUUGAAGUGUCUUUAUAUUUUGUUUCUUUAUAUGGCAUAACGAAUCGGCGUUUUAUGUUUCUCCCAGUUUGACAUUAACGAAAUCAGCAUGGUGGAAAUUGUUAUGGGGAAGCGAAUGAUCAGAGGCACAUUGUUAAUAGUUGGAACGGCCGUUAGCAUCUUGAUAAACGAGUUGUCUUCUGGCCCAGAGAUCGUACUAUAUGAUAUAUUCUUUUUGUCUGUUAGCGUAUUUAGCAUGCAUAUAUGCGGAGCAAUGCGAAUUGUUUGCACAUUUGUACUUUCACCGCCCAAUUCUUGUAAAUACGACUAAUGUGUGUAUGCCGUAGUAACAUUUGUAGAGCUAAAGUGCAUUUUGGGGGUUGUAGUUGACGAUUGACUUAGUGAUGGACGGUGCAUAACACAGUGGGCGGACGGGC